ACGCCACUCCCGCCCGGCCCCGCGCCCCCAGGCGCGCUCCCCGACCCCGCACCUGCGGCGCGGGCCACCCUGCGCCCCGCGUCCCGGCGCGGGCCCGCUCGGCCUGUCCAGUCUCCCGCCAGCGAGCUGCGGGCCCCGGCGCUGGAGCCGUCCUCGGGCCCUCCGAGACCCCCGCUGACAGCGCCGCCGGGCCCCCGGUCCCCUCUGCGCCGCGCACCCGCGCCGUCCCCGGGCGCGCCCCCGUGCCCACGCACCUCCCGCGUCCCGAUGCAGCCCCAGCCUACCCAGGACUCUCGGCCGGGCCGCCUCAGGCCGCGCGGCGCUGGCCUCAGGCUCGCGGCUCCUCACAGCACCAUCCGGGCCUCCGGCGCCUCACACACGUGUCACGGCGGCGCUUAAAGGCGCCGCGCGCAGCCGCCACGCGGUGCUCCCGCCGGAAGGCCCGGGAGCCUUUAGGAGGCGGACCUAGCCCGGACCCUCCCGCCCCGGCCCCGCCCACUGCGGCCCUACGCGCCGCCUACGUCACCUCCCCACGCCGCGUCCCCGCCCGCCUACGCCGUGACACUUCGUGUUCCAGCAUCAGCACAUUGCUCCCCGACAAAGAAAACCCCAACACAAACAAAAUCAACAAAGCUUUAAAUUACGGCAGCAAGUCCGAUAGCUCUUAA